CGCGAUGGGCGACUCUUAGCAGACGGAAGGAAGAGCCUGUGUCGUGAGGGUGUAUGUGUGAGUGCGUGUGUGAGUGCGAGGGACGGUGAGGACAACGCAGGUAUACACUAACAAGCCAGCACCACCACCCCUGCCACCUGUCUACCUUAAUUAGUGUUACCUGGAGGAGCGAUGACGGCAGCGAUGCACCUAUUAGCGGCAUUUGCGGCGGUGUGCGUGGGCGCCUCCGCUGCCCCGACCAAGCCCAAUGCGAUAACCGGGACCACUUCUGCAAUGCUGUACUUCACCAAAUUCGGCUACAUGGAACCGGAGCUGUUCAACCCUCAGUCCGGCGCCCUGCUCUCCCAAGACAAGCUGAGGGAAAGCAUCAUGGAGUUCCAGGCGUUCGCUGGACUUGAUCAGACGGGUGAACUCGACAACUCGACUCUGGAGAUGAUGAACACCCCGCGUUGUGGCGUCAAGGACAAGGUCGGCUUCGGCACCAGAGCCAGGAGGAAGCGCUAUGCCCUGCAAGGAUCAAGGUGGAGGGUGAAGACUCUUACCUACAGGAUCACGAAGUACCCGAACGGCCUCCUGCAAAACGAUGUGGACCGGGAGAUCGCCAUCGCCUUCAAGGUGUGGGAAGACGUGACAGACCUGACCUUCGAGAGAUCAACUUCGGGCAAGGUCCACAUCGAAGUCAGGUUUGAGAAGGGCGAGCACGGUGACGGGGACCCCUUUGAUGGCCCCGGCGGCACCCUGGCCCACGCUUACUUCCCUAUCUACGGAGGAGACGCUCACUUCGAUGACACUGAGGCCUGGACCAUCAACUCCUACCGAGGCACCAACCUCUUCCAAGUAGCCGCCCACGAGUUCGGUCACUCCUUGGGCCUCUCGCACUCUGAUGUCAGGAGCUCCCUCAUGGCGCCCUUCUACCGAGGCUACGAGUCGAGCUUCAGUCUGGACGAAGACGAUAUCAAGGGCAUUCAGGCUCUGUACGGCAAGAAGCAGGCCCGUCCCUUCCCCGCCACCCAGGCCCCAACUCUGUCCGGCGGUGGUGGUAGCAGUGGCAGUGGCAGCUCUGACGAAAAGCUCUGCCGCGAUUCCUCCAUUGACGUGGCAGUGACCAUGGCUAACAAGAAGACCUACAUGUUUAAGGGAACACAAUACUGGGAGCUUACAGAUGACGGCGUGGCCUCCGGGUACCCACGCUCCAUAAGUGAUGACUGGGGGGGGCUGCCUUCCUUCCUGGACGCUGCCUUCACCUGGACCAACGGCAACACUUACUUCUUCAAGGGCGACAACUACUGGCGGUUCAGCGACAUGACCCGGGACACGGGUUACCCCAAGAAGAUCGCCAAGGGCUUCGCUGGCAUCCCUGACAGUAUUGAUGCUGCCUUUGUCUGGUCCGGAAACGGGAAAAUCUACUUCUUCAAGGAUUCACAGUACUGGCGCUUCGACCCGUCCCUGCGGCCGCCCGUCAAGGAGAACUACCCCAAGCCGAUCUCCAACUGGGAAGGUCUGCCCAACAACAUCGACGACGCCCUGCAGUACUCCAACGGCUACACCUACUUCUUCAAGGAUGGUCAGUACUGGCGGUUCAACGACAGGGGCUUCAGGGUGGAUGCUGCUGACCCUGAAUUCCCGCGACCUGUCGGAUACUGGUGGUUCGGCUGCCCUGCCUCCGGGUCACAGAUGUCAAGUGUGCACACCAACAAAGCCCACGUACCCCUUCCCUCCGAGGGCGACACUCAGGAUGACACCUUUGACGCAGACGGUUCAGACGAUGACUAUGACGGGUCAAACAGUGUGGUGCCGCAACAGUCUGGCUCUCACAGUGUGGGCUACCAGGCCAUCCACCAGGGGAGUGCAGCGUCUGGCCAGCCUCUCCCUGCCUCCCUCCUCUCCAUCUCCUUGGCCCUCCUCCCCUCCCUCCUCCUCAGACUGUAAGGCACAAGAAGGAAAAACAGGAUAUGAUACUCAGUUCUGAAUGUCUGCAUGUUGCUAAGUGUGAAGCAGGAACAAGGAAAGCACAAGAAUGACAAAAUACUGAUCUCACUCAGCUCCAAGAUCCUCCGAGAAGAAAUGUUUCCUGUGAAGAUAAACACUCAACAAAAAAGACCUGGAGUAAGGUGACACAUGAGGUGAGGUGAUGAGCUGGCAAUGGAAUGGAAUACUAAGAUGAGGGGUUCCAAUAAGGUGACUAAACACACUAAGAACACAGUCACAGCCACACCAAUAGCAUGUGACUGUUGCUUCCCCUAAAGAGAUGGGAUGGAAAACAAAGAUAGGGGAUUGCAAUAAGGUGACAUGAGGCAGUGAGGAGCUGGCAAUAGGAUGGAAUACUAAGAUGAGGGAUUCCAAUGAGAUGACAAAGCACUCAUAGACUUGUAGCCCGUCCAACCCCAUAAGGGAAAAUAAGGACGUUAAACGAAGAUGAAGAAGAACACACACGAACUCAGUCAUAACCAAAGCAAUAAGAAGUGACUCAUCUGCUUCCCAAGAGCUGGUACAACAAGUUCCACCAUCUCAAGAGGCUGAAGGAGGGCUUAACCACACCUUAAACCAGUACAAACCUACACAUGACUCUUAGGGUCGUAUUAUAAGACACUUUCGCUUCUCACAUCAGCUAUUUCUAAAGAUCAAAGAGGGGGUCAGGCGGGUUCUAAUGAGUAUUUCUUCAGGUUCACGGUACAGAAUAAGGGUCAAACUACCACCAGGGUCAUAAAACUACUCCUGGAAAUGCCCCAAGCUCCUACGAAAGCCUUGUCAAAUAGGUGUUCUUGGGCUACGAAAUGUCUUUUAAUACGACCCUAACUUCCUCCGCCUCUAAGCUGCAACAUGACUCUCUAUCACGUCCUUGUUGUUGCUAUGCACCACUGAGGGAGGCAGAGACACUGGCCAGUCAAGGGCGUUCACUGUGGGACACUUUAUAAUAUUCAACGUAGGACACUCAAUAGUUAUGUGACGCAGGAGAAAUGAGGGAGAGCAUGGAGUUAGAAUGUCAUGCCUGAGUGGUUAGGUUUAGAUGACUGUAGCAAGAGAUAGGUUUUGGGACCCAUUGCCACUGUUUAACUGUGUGUGUGUGUGUGUGUGUGUGUGUGUGUGUGUGUGUGUGUGUGUGUGUAAGGUCACUGCAAUAACUGUGGUAAUGACGGCUGGUUAUACGUCACAACUAGUGCACAAAUAAUCCUUUAAAUCAAGGCCGUGAUGGCUAAAAAGUCUGCCGUACACGUAAUACUUUGUUGUCUGUUGUUGUUGUUAAUCCAUGUUACUCUGAGUCUUAAAUAAACAUAACUAAGUGAAUGUGAAUGUAAUGUGAUGGUGAGGCUUACGUGUUCUAUUAUAAGAAAGACCUUGGCUGGUGUUUUACUACUGCUCACGUGUCUGCUGAGCCUGGCGUGCUGGAAGGGACUAGGAGGUCAGGGAUGAGUGUAUUGUGUAUGGACGAGCCACCUUGUCCGGGCACCCAGCUGAGGCGUUGCAAUAAAAGAAGCCCUGCAUUGAUUAUGUAGUCACGUUACCCAUUUAUGCUGUAUAUAUUGUGUAUAUACAUCUAUUUUGUUAGCUUAUCUAUAUCACAAUCACUUCUAUAUCAUAAUUAUUUUUUCUAUUACUAUUAUUAUUGUUAAUUCUAUGUACCAUCUUUUACUGUGUAUGUUUUUUUUUUUUUUUUCCAUUUUCUUUUAUUUCUUUACAAAACUUCAUCACAACAAAUAAAAAACAUUUUUACCUAUGA